CAAAAUUUAAUAUCAAGUCCCAAAAGGCAGUCGUAUCAGAUUUUAAUUCCGGACUUCAGUCUUUUUGGGUUUCAACUAAAAGCUGAUUGAACCCAAUUCAGAGUUGGUGGUGAACUUUCUCCUUUAUGCACUCUUUGGUUCUUUCUCAGAUCUCACAGUGCGAGACUCAUUUUGUUCAUUGUUUUUGCUCUCAAACAUGAGGCCAAAAAUCUAUCUUUUUGGAGACUCAAUCACGGAGUUCUCCUUCGAUGAAGGCGGCUGGGGCGCUUCUCUCGCCAACCAUUUCUCUCGCAGGCUUGACGUGGUGCUGAGAGGAUACAGUGGGUACAACACAAGGUGGGCGUUGAAGGUACUUGAUAGGGUUUUUCCUGCGGCCGAAAGCGGUGGUGCAUCGCCGCUCGCGGUGACCGUGUUCUUCGGAGCUAACGAUGCUUGCCUCCCCGAUAGAUAUGGUGCUUUUCAACACGUGCCAGUUGAAGAGUAUAAGCAGAACCUGCACUCCAUCGUCUCCUCUCUCAAGAAUCGGUGGCCAAAGGCUCUCAUUCUCCUAAUUACUCCUCCUCCGGUUGACGAAGAUGCACGAAUUAGGCAUCCUUACGUUGAGAAUCCAUUGGGUUUGCCCGAGAGGACAAACGAAUCUGCUGGGUGUUUUGCAAAGGCAUGUGUUGAAACUGCUGUGGAAUGUGCUAUCCCUGUGGUGGAUCUUUGGACCAGGAUGCAGCAGUAUCCUGAGUGGCAUAAAGCUUAUCUUAGUGAUGGCUUGCACCUGAGCCAGGAGGGCAACAAGGUUGUGUUCGAGGAAGUGUUGAAGAAGCUAAAUGAGGGAGGUUUAAGCCUUGAAAUGCUAGAAGUUGAUCUCCCACUUUUUGCUGAUAUUGACCCUGGUGACCCACUUAAGGCAUUUCGUCAGUGGUUCAAGAUUUAAAAGGGUUGAUUAUCACUGAAUAUUUUACUAUAUAUCUGCAGUAAUUAACAUCUCUUUCUGGUUUCAAGUGGUUUCCUGCUGCUAUUGUAGCCUCAGAUUCAUGAUAA